AUGAAGGCCGCGGCGAGUUUCAGGAUUUCAGAUCUUGGUAUCUUGUACUUGCAGUUUUUCAACAAGCUGGAGACAUCCUUCAUGAAAGGCGACUGGAAACUCGCGGAAUAUGUCAAAGCUAGCAUACUUCAGCCUACGGUCAAACAGUACUUCGAGGCCAACCCAAAGAAGACGCCGUACAUGAUCAUUGGGUUCAAAGUCGCUAGAGGCGCCGAAAAUAUCAGGAAGAAACUGCGCGAAGGUGGUGCAGACGCAUCUGUUGGAAUUGAUGGAACCAUGGUUGGCAUUCCGGUCUCAGGAGGUCCCAAAGCUGGUUUCAGCAACACCAAUUCCAAUUCAGUGGGAUUUGGCGGGUCUUCGGACUUCGUAUUUGCGCAUCGUGUGCGGAAAAUAAAGAUCAACUGGAAGACCAUGGAUAUUGAAAGUGAAGAUUACAUUCGUGGAGCAGCAUAUCAUGAAGGAGUAGAAACGUAGUCUACCUUGGACGAGGAGACUGCUCCGGCGGAGAUCGAGUCGGCAGAGCUAGAUGAAGCCGACUUUGGUAUUGCCAUGAAUGUAGAUAGCAUCCCCUUGGAUUGGGCCGUGGCCACGGUCAGAGACGAGCUGGACGAUGGCUAUUGCUUGGUAGUAAAGAUUGAAACUUAGUCGCCCGUCGCCGAACCCGGAAUCAUCUCUGAAACCACC